GUGCAACAACUUCAUCAGAAACCAAUAGAUAGGUGGUCACAGCAAAGUCCUGUCUCCGAAAGGAAGACCAAGAAGAAACAUGGCUACUGCGCUCAAGCUCCUGAUUGUUGCUCUCUUCUUCUCCGUUUCUCUUCAAGGUACAAGUGGCGAGCGAUGCGGCACGUCCAGCAUCCAGGUGCAGACCAUCAACACGGGCGAGACGGCGUCCAGCGGCGACAUGGAGUUCGAGGUCGAGGUGAAGAACCUGUGCUCGUGCAGCGUCAGGAACGUGCGCCUCGACGGCGGCGGCUUCGCCACUACGGUGGAGGUGGACCCGGCGGUGUUCCGAGCCGACGACGGAGGCGUCUACCUGGUGAACGGCGGCGGGCCGAUCGAGAGCAUGGGCGCCGUGAGCUUCCGUUAUGCCUGGGACCACUUCUUCCAGAUGACUCCCAGGAGCUUGGAGGUCGACGGCCAGUGUUAGAUAGCAAUGUUCCAAGUUGCCCUUGUUGGAGUAAUGGGUGGCGAGAAUAUGUUGUCAUCUUUAAUACAAUGAUCUAACGAGUAAUAAACGUGUAAGUACAGUGUGUUAGAGAGAGAGGGAAGAUGAAAAGUGGUCCUCAGCUCUAUCCGUGUAUAAUAAUUUUGUUCAUGUGAAACAUGGAGUGCUAAGUUCAAUCUGAAUAGAGUGAAAUAUAUGCAUGAUGGAAGGCAUGCUAUAUGGAUUUUUA